AUGGCAGUCUUGUCUAAACCAGCAGCAGAACCAAAAUUCGGGUUUUCUCCAAUCCCGGUUAUAGAUAUCUCUGACCCAGAAUCCAAACAGGCCAUCGUCAAAGCCUGUGAAGACUUUGGGUUCUUCAAGGUGAUCAACCAUGGCGUUUCCUCUGAACUAGUCUCUGUUUUGGAACAAGAGGCCGUCAAGUUCUUCUCAUUGCCCAAGUCCGAGAAAACCCAACUCGCAGGUUAUCCGUUUGGAUAUGGGAGCAGAGAGAUUGGUCGGAAUGGUGACGUGGGUUGGGUUGAGUACUUGCUGAUGAAUGCUAAUCUUGACUUUGGUUCGGUUCCAUUCCCAGGAAUCUUCAGAAACGCAUUGUCAGAGUACACAACAUCAGUAAAGAAAAUGACAUGCCAUGUUUUGGAGAUGAUUACUGAUGGGUUAGGGAUCAAACAGAGGGACACACUUAGCAAGCUUGUGUCUGAUUCAAACACUGAUUCGAUGUUCAGACUUAAUCACUAUCCACCAUGCCCUCUUAUCAACAAAAACACCAAUGGUGGCAAGAAUGUGAUCGGUUUUGGCGAGCACACAGAUCCUCAGAUCAUCUCUGUCUUAAGAUCUAACAACACUUCUGGUCUACAAAUCUGUCUUACUGACACCUCCUGGAUCUCUGUCCCUUCUGAUCCUUCCUCCUUCUUCUUUAACGUCUGUGACUCUCUCCAGGUGUUGACAAAUGGGAGGUUCAAGAGUGUGAAGCAUAGAGUUUUAGCAAACAGCAGGAAAUCUAGGGUUUCCAUGAUUUACUUCGCUGGACCUUCGUUGACACAGAGAAUUGCUCCGUUGACUUGUCUUAUAGACAAUGAAGAAGAGAGUUUGUACGAAGAGUUCACUUGGUCUGAGUAUAAAAACUCUGCCGACAACUCUAGAUUGUCUGAUAAUAGGCUUCAACAAUUCAAAAAGGAACCUGUAAACGAUUCUUAA